GAUUGAACGCCAUGGGCGUCACAAUGUAGGACAGAAUUGCCACCAUGGCUUCAGCCUCCUUCACUCCUGCCCUUAGUUUAUCAUUAAUACAACCAAAAGCCUCAAGUCACUGACAUGGAAUAGAAAUUACAGUCCAUAAUCCCACCAAUUGUUUUUGUCUGCAUUUCGGCCGGAGAAAAUUUAGGAAUCUUGGCAUGGCAAUUGUGGGCCAGUGUUUUUCUAGGGCUGGGUAUGAUAAUUGCAAGAAUCGGCCAAAGUAUGUCAUCAUAAUAGCUGUGAUGAUUUAGAUCGAUGUCUCUGGUAAUAAUUAUAGGGCCACUUGGAAUAAUUUGGAGCUUCAAUUACCUAUAUAAAAGGAGGAUUGGAGCCUCAUAGAAUGUAUAUAUUUGCUUCUGCUGAAUUUUGUAUUGCAGUAGGAGAAGUUGUAAUGGGGAGAGACAAAAGUUUGUUUUUGCUUACUGUUUUAAAUGGGUUUCUAGUGUUGUAUGUCUUGGCAUCCCCUGCAGUCUUUUGGGAAGACUUUCGCAUAACAUGGGGAGAUGACCACAUCAAGCAAACCAGUGGGCUAGAUGGCAAUGCCAUUCAGCUUCGUUUGGACCAAAUCUCAGGCUCAGGAUUUGCUUCAAAGAAAAAGUAUCUUUUUGGUCGAAUAAGCAUGAAAAUUAAACUUGUUCCGGGUGAUUCUGCUGGAACAGUAACUGCUUUUUAUAUGAAUUCAGACACAGACAACGCAAGGGAUGAAGUGGACUUUGAGUUUUUGGGGAACAGAUCAGGACAGCCAUAUACAGUCCAAACAAAUGUUUUUGCCCAUGGCAAGGGUGACAGAGAACAGAGAGUAAACCUCUGGUUUGAUCCUUCUGCAGAAUUCCACACCUACUCUAUUCUAUGGAACCAUUAUCAUAUAGUAUUCUCAGUAGAUAAUAUACCAAUCAGAGUAUAUAAAAACAAUGAGGCAAAAGGGAUUCUUUAUCCAAAGUCUCAGCCGAUGGGAAUAUAUUCUACUCUGUGGAAUGCAGAUAACUGGGCUACAAGAGGAGGGCUAGAGAAGAUAGACUGGAGUAAAGCACCAUUCAAUGCUUAUUACACAGAGUUUGAUAUAGAAGCAUGUUCAAUUCCUGGAGGGGCUAGCUGUCCCUCUAACACCACCAAUUGGUGGGAAGGUUUGAACUACAGGAAUCUCAGUCCAGUACAGGCCAGAAACUACAGGUGGGUAAGGCUGAAUCACAUGGUAUAUGACUACUGUACAGACAAAUCCAGAUACCCAGUUCCCCCACUGGAGUGUUUGGCUGGCAUAUGAACUGUUUUAAAACACCAUGCCUUGAAAGAACAAGUUCAGGGGACUCUGGGUAUUAUCACAUGUAUGGAGGAUAUGUAUGAUAAAAAUAGAUAAUGUAAUCUGUAGCUGUACAUACUAUGUAAUAAGGAGGAAAUCCCAAGUCUCAACAGCAAGAAGAGAUUCAAAGUUAUAUGUAAAAAUAUAAAAAGAUUCGAGCAAAAUCAAUGAGGGGAUCCCUUAGUAUCGGCCUUCUAGUUUGAAGGGUCAUCAAAGUUUGGUAGGUAAUCAAACCCAAUUCAGUUUAUAAAGAAAAGACAGUUUAUGUAAUUGAUCGGUACUUUUGAAUCCUAAACGUGUUUAAUAGUAAUUAUUUCAUUUAUUAGUAUUUA